AUGAUGAACGUUAAAGGAAUGAUGAACGAUGAAAUGGUGAAAAGCCGAGGAAUGUUACCUGGAUUCAUAACCGCGCAAGGGAGGCAAAGCGAGCAAGACACAAGUGGAUUUGUGUUCAAAAACUGCGAAAUUAAAGGAGAUGGUAGGGCGUCCUUGGGAAGAGCUUACCGAGGCUACUCUAGAGUUGUCUUUUAUGCAACCAGCAUGUCUAAUGUCAUCGUUCCUCAAGGAUGGGACGCUUGGCAUUAUAAAGGCGAAGAGGAUAAAAUUACAUUCGUGGAGGUAAAGUGUACGGGAGAAGGAGCGAAUAAGCAAGGAAGAGUUGGAUGGGAGAAGAAUCUUUCUGAUACAGAUAUUGAUUUUCUUAUAAACACUAAAACUUUCAUUGCUGGAGAUGGUUGGAUGACUACUCUUCCUUCUUCUCUAGUCUCUUUAUAUUCACCAUCUUCCAUUUAG